AUAUGGAAUAGCUAACUUUGUUUAAAUCGAAUUUGAGUCGUAAUGUAAAUUUAAAUUGUUUUUGUGUUUCUUUUCAUUAAGCGGGCUAUACAUGUGAUUUUGGAAAUAAAUAUGUAAUGAUACUUUGUGCAAAUAUAUACGUUACAUAAGUAAAAACAAGGAUAACAUGAAUAAGUAAUGUUUAAUUGUAGUAGAAUAAUUUCUUUUGAGGGUUAGCAGGGAUUUCACAGGUUAAGUUGAAAGGAAACCACUGUCAAUUAACCCGUAUGUGUUAAGAAGGAAAACGUUCAGUACGACAACGACAAGUGUGAAUUCGUGUUUGUGGCAUAAUUAAAAUAUGUAUAUAUUUAUCUUGAGAAAAGUUAGCGCGGGCGGAUGUAAAUAUCGCACAAAUGUACACGUUUUUGUACAUGUUUGCAUUUUCGAAUCUGAAAACAAAAAUUAUUUAACAUUUUGCGAAACUUUGUAUUUUAACAUGUUGAAAUUUCUUAAUUUAAACUUAUUUGCUAUUUUUUUUCGUCAUUAACGUUUUCUCAUCUUUAAGAAAAGGAUCUUAAAUACACUGUUUCUUAAGUAUCCCACCAACAACACAAGCAUAUGAAUUGCUAAAACGGUUUUGCAGUUUUAGAAUGAGGAAAAUUCAAAACUGAUGAUUAAAUAACAACUAUAAUACAUUAUAUAAGUCUGUUUUAGACAGAUGGCUAUACUUUUAUGUACAUGCUUUUUACGGCGACAUAACAUUACUGACAAAAGUCCAGCAUAAUCAUAACGUAUGUUAAAAAUAUUGAUAAAUUAAUAGUAUAAUACAAAACAAGUAUGUUUCGGCUAUAUAUAAUUAAAAAUAUAAAUAGCAUUUUAUAAAACAUCUAGAUUGAUCAGAUGUGGAUCAAUGUUUCACAAUAUGGAGAGUUUUUAAACAAGUAUUUUCGUUGUCAUGUUCUUUAAAGAUAAAGGAAGUACAUAUUUAAUUUUAUCGGUCUUAAUUGUGAAAAGACGUUUAAAACCAAGUGUGUUGAAGCAUUACGAAAUAAACAUUGCUAUCUUAAACGAACCUCUGGCUGAUAAAUUGCCAUGCCAAAUACACACUUUUUAUUGCCAACUCAGUGAAUAUGAUUGGGGAACAUAAUCAGAUGACGUAUGCGGCAUGUUCAUUAGGAAAUAAGUAUUAACUGUUCAUCCAUGCCAGCCAGCAAAUAAUUCAAAGUUAUUUGUUAUCAGGAACUGGAUAAAAUAAAGAACAAAGACCAGUGAACAUAUGGCGGAAGGAGGUCCCUGGCGUGAUAAGGCGGAUCAUGAACGUAUCCCACGUAACAGCGGUCUUCACAGUCGUCACUCUCUAUGUGAACGUUCCUCCACAGAGACGUGCACCUUGAUGAACUGGCUGUGUUAUGGACCAGAUAUCAGACAGGCGAGGAGAGACGCCUACACGGGAUGUGCUAGGUUUAGGAACGCACGGCGGCCUGAUACGGCAACCGUUAUCACUACGGGUAGCAAGGCAGAGUGGCUUUCAUGCUUAUUUGAAAGUGACAUUGAUAUAAUGAUCGUAGAAAAAGGCAUCAUGUGCUUAGAAGUUGGUAUAGAGCCUAACAAAUUACCAAGGGAGACUAUUGUGUUUACAUUAAACACCGGAUUUUGCUACCACGGACACUCCAGGCUAAAUUUACAAAAGAGACGUUGUGCAAGGAUUCCACCAGACUUUCGCGAUGCUUUGUGUGAUGAUGGAAAUGAGCGUGUUCUUCUGAGUAGUGCUUUGUAUUUUUAUUUGUACACUGACGUUUCAACUCUGAAAGGCGAGGUGCGCCAUGAACGUGCAGGGCCAACGUCCGAGUUCCAUUGGGGCAUUGCAUACAGACGUAGUCCCUUCUUUACGCUGUCAGUGUCCUCCCAUACUAUUGAGAUGGGCAGAACGUAGUCUCUAUUGGCCACCACCGGAUAUCGUUCACAAAGUCGUAACAAUUGGAGCAUUUGUGACGCCAGCAGGUUUUAAAGGUAGCGAAUAUUAACAUGUUAAAUGGAGGAUUGGCUUUAAUACAGGAGAGAAUGAACUUAUGCGCAGUCUUAAUAAUACCCAGGUGUACGUAUACGUUAUAUUGAAAAUGGUGGUAAAGGAUGUCUUAAAGCCAGUUAAGAAAGAAAUUACAUCAUACACAGUGAACAAUAUUGUAUUGUGGCUCGCAGAACAAAAUCGACAAACACGGUUCGAUGAAACUAGUUUGUUUUAUUGGCUCCGGGAAGGACUGCGACAAUUGAGAACCGCACUAUUAAAUAUCCAUCUGCCAUAUUUUAUGAUACCCGAACGAAAUAUAAUGGCAGCUUGCGGACUUACUGAAGAGAGAAAGCGUUCCUGGAUAGAUACUAUCACAGUCAUGAUGAACGAAGGUGAACAUAUAUUACUUAGAUUGCCACGGGUAAGAAUGGCAAUAUUAUCGCACCCAGAGCCACUGAUGUGGUAUAGAAAAAAGAGAGUGGAGCUUGAAUACUGGAGCUGAAGCACAUGAUCCGAUCUGUAAAGUGCACGGAUGAGAAUGAUGUGGUUAACAAGUCGGAUAAUAUGCUGCAAGCGAUAGAAACGGGUACAGUUCAUAUCUUGAAAGAGGUGCAACACAGGAUGAAUAAGGAAGGCAGUCGGAUUGAUGAUCUAAUGGAGAUACAUAGGAAGAUGUUGUUGUGAUGUUCCUAUUAUGCAAAUCGUCGGAAAUAAAUAUGUAUACAAUUGUUCAUACUUUCAACACUUUCCAACCUAUGUAUAUAUACAUUCGUUGUUCAAUGCGUCUUUGUAUUUGUAAUGCUUAUGCCUUUGAUUUAUUCUUGUUUUAUUGUAAUAUACAUGUAAGCAUGUAUUGCCAAAGGUCGUUAACAAGGGCACAUACAUUGGCACAAUUAUGAAAACGAACUCGGUCAUUGUUUUUUAUCCUGUAUCGAAGAAAAACAAAUUAUUGCCAGCUUGGGGAUUUAAAAGAGGUGUGAUUGUAAAGGUCGUUUGAUUUUACUUAUAAGUUAUGAUAGAGAAAUUGUGUUUAACCCUGUUCUUGCAUGGUAUAAUAAAGCAGUUACAACGACA